ACUUGAAGUUAGUGUGGUUUGACCGAGUGUGCGUGUCGGCGUCGCCUUUGUCGUUGUCGUCAGGUGCACUCGAAUAAGGUUCAUCGAAAUGAGAGGCGGAAUGAGAGGAAGGGGAAGAGCUGGUCGGCCAGGAGGGAUGUUCAAACCGAAAGUUUUUGUUCCGCACCUGCCGUUUGACUACUACGUGUGUGAGCAGAAUUUUCAAAAGGUGAAACCGCCGCCCGAUGAUAAUGCCCUUACUCAGGCCCUCCUGAAGAAAAACCAGGACCUGACUCCUACAUCAGCAGAGCAGACAUCAAUUCUGAACCUCAUGAACAAGAUUCAGUCUGUGCUGGACACGCUUAUCGUUUCUCCGAAAACUCUCGAUGCCUGCCAAAUUGAAGAAAGUCGUCAAGUGGGAUCCUUCAAGAAAGGCACCAUGAUGAUUGGCAACAACGUCGCAGAUAUCGUCGUCAUUCUCAAGACACUUCCAACAGGUGAAGCGGUCCAAGCUUUGGCAAACAAAGUCCAGGAAGACAUCAAGGCUAUGGAUUCCAGUUUAAAACUGACGCAUCAAAUGACAGAAGCCGGAUUUGACCUCAAGCUCCCCGAUGGUGCCACAGCCAAAGUUUUAAUUAGCACAAUUCAUCAAAAUCUCAACAAGUUGGACCCUGAAUUGCAUUUGAAACAGAAGCUUCAGCAAAACCACCUGACGGCUAUCCGGCACUCGCGCUGGUUCGAGGAGAAUGCCCACCACUCGAGCAUCAAGGUGCUGAUUCGCAUUCUGCGGGACCUGCGGAACCGCUUUGAGGGCUUUCAGCCGCUCACACCGUGGAUAAUUGACCUCUUGGCCCAUUAUGCCAUCAUGGUUCAUCCAAGCCGACAGCCUCUGCCAAUCAAUAUUGCUUUCAGGCGUGUGUUGCAGCUGUUGGCGGCGGGUUUGUUUCUGCCCGGCUCUGCGGGUAUACCGGACCCUUGUGAUGGGGGAGGCACUUUCCGGGCACACACUGUCAUGAGCCUCGAGCAACAGGAUUUGGUCUGCCUGACUGCCCAAAACCUGCUGCGCAUUCUUUCCCAUGGAGGGUACAAGAGUAUCCUGGGUAUCGGUGGACCUAAAAAGGUUGAUACAGAAACGACCGUGUUGGAAGGAGUUGUGAUCACGCCAUUGACACCAGUUUACGAGAAGUUCGCAGAGAAGAAAGAUGAUGAGGAAAUGGAUCAAGAAGAGGAGGACAAGAUGGAAACACAAGAGCAGUAAUCCAGAGUAAAGAAUAGAUGUGGACAGCGGCAUCUUCCACUGGGUUUUGUGCUUUGCUUACAUCUCGCAUCAUCAUCAAGCCAGUACAACUGACAUAGUACUUGUGUACUCCUCAACCCUUGCCCCCAAGACUGCAAAAAUAAAGUAUGCUGUGGAA